GACAUGUGACCGACUGCAGAGGCCGCGCCACCUCCCCGCCCGAGGUCUGCGCGCUCCGCCGCAGGGUGCAGACCCCGGGCGCCCGCGCGGGUUCGGGGUGCAAGAGCAGAGGCGGAGCCGGGGCGGAGCCAGCGCGCCGGGUCCCCCUGAAACGAAAGCGAAACAGGGGCCGGGAGGAAGGGCGGAGCCGGCCGAGGCCCCGCCCCCUGCCCUGCGCGGCGGCUGGACCGACGGGCGCGCCCAGGUAGGGGGCGGCUGAGCGCGCAGUGCGGACCCUCGCCGGGACCCGCGCCGCCGCCACCAUGUCUCAGGAAGGUGUGGAGCUGGAGAAGAGCGUCCGGCGCCUCCGGGAGAAGUUUCAUGGCAAGGUAUCCUCCAAGAAGGCGGGGGCCUUGAUGAGGAAGUUUGGCAGCGACCACACCGCAGUGGGGCGCUCCAUCGUGUACGGGGUGAAGCAGAAAGACGGGCAAGAACUGAGCAAUGGCCUGGAUGCCCAGGACCCACCAGAGGACAUGAAGCAAGACCAGGACAUUGAGGCGGUGGCCACCUCCCUCCUGCCGCUGACCCAAGCCAACCUGCGCAUGUUCCAGCGCGCCCAGGACGACCUCAUCCCCGCCGUGGACCGGCAGUUUGCCUGCUCUUCCUGUGACCACGUCUGGUGGCGCCGCGUGCCCCAGAGGAAGGAGGUCUCCCGGUGCCGCAAAUGCCGGAAGCGCUAUGAGCCGGUGCCAGCCGACAAGAUGUGGGGCCUGGCCGAGUUCCACUGCCCGAAGUGUCGGCACAACUUCCGGGGCUGGGCACAGAUGGGGUCCCGGUCCCCCUGCUACGGGUGCGGCUUCCCCGUGUCUCCAACACGGAUCCUCCCCCCGCGCUGGGACCGGGACACGGAUCGCCGCAGCUCCCACACGCACUCCUGCUCGGCCGCCGACUGCUACAACCGGCGAGAGCCCCACGUGCCUGGGACGUCCUGUGCGCACCCCAAGAGCCGGAAGCAGAACCACCUCCCCAAAGUCCUCCACCCCAGCAACCCCCAUAUCAGCAGUGGCUCCACCGUGGCCACCUGCCUCAGCCAGGGCGGCUUGGAAGACCUGGACAACCUCAUUCUGGAGGACCUGAAGGAGGAGGAGGAGGAGGAGGAAGAGGAGGAGGGCGGCGGCAGGCACAGGGAGUGACCCCUGCCAGGCGCAGACACAAAACAGACACGGUCCGUGGAAACUUUGUCUUGUUAUAAAAUACGAUCUCAAACCGCGACAUCAGUGCCCGUGGGGAGCCAUCCGGGUCUGAGCCAUUGGCGGGGGGUUCCUGGGGCCCAUUUGGGGGGCGUCCGGGGUAACAGACCCCAACAUGGGAGGUUCUGUGGGACACGUCAGCACUGAGCCACGAAGGAGGUGUGGCCAGGACAGCCUGGGGCCCCUGGGGCCUGAGGGACAGAUGGACACGUAGUCACGGCCGCAGGGGCCGGAUCAGCAUGGCAGCCUUCUUGAGCGAGUACGCCCCGCCACGGAACUCCGCCCAGUAGACGCCAUCCUGGUAGCGGCUCCGGUAAUGGCCACCGCGGUGCCACACACCGUUGAGGUUGGAGUGGGCGCAGGCAUGGUACCACCAGCCUCCCCGCUGAUACAGGGCACAGUUACCUGAAGGGAGAGAGAGUCCAUGUCCCCUCAUCAGAAUAAAAGCCAGUACCAGCACCUUACAGUGCAAAGCUUUUGCUGGGUAUCCCUUGGCUUUACCUACUCUUAUCAAAUACAAGCCCUAAUCUUCCAUCUCCUCGCCAAAAUAGGAGCCCUUGUCCCCACACCCACUUUCUUCUGAGUAAUAGCCUUAAUUCCUUCCCUAUCUCCUUACCAAAAUACAAGUCACACCUUUCCCACUUUUUCUGCAAACUAGGAGUCUGCUGCUCAUUUCUUUAUCAAGGAAAAAACAAAUCUUCUCUACUUCUAGAAAUAGAGUUCUAGCUUUCACCCUCUCUCUGCCCUUCCCCAGAACAGGGGUCUUGACUCUUUUAUUGCCUCAUCAGAGAAGGAAUUUGGGUUCCCCAUUUCCUCACCAGAAUACAAAGUCCUGUCCCUUGUUCUCUUGCCAGAAUAAAAGCUUGCUUAUCCUAAUA